UUAUAUUUUGUCCGCUGUGCGCCGAUUGCUAUACUCUUUUGUACUACCACCGUGAGUUAUUAUAUAUUAGAUCCUAAACAAGAUUCACUUCAUCAGAGAUUAAGAAUUCAUACGAGUACUACAUACAUCCGCAUCUCAAAUGGUAUCAGUAGCACGGCAGGAAAAAAACUCAACAAGCUUGUAGAUUCAAUCUGCAAUCAAACCCCAAAUCAUAAGUUCUGUGUCGACGCCAUAUACACCGAUCCUCGUGCUUCAGAAGCUGAUAUAAUUCUGCUCGCUUAUAUCUCUUUCGGUUUAGCAUACACCAACGCUACAAACAUCCUAUCCUUCAUUACUGAUCAUCACUUGUUAGUUGAUAAUCAAAAGAAUGGGUCUCACGGUUCCCCGGCUUUAGCAGAGGGUCUAAAACAAUGCAGCCUUGAUUACAAAAAGGCCGUGACUGCGCUUGAAGUAGCCCUCAACGACUUGGAUUCAGAUACUUAUGACCUUGAAGAGUCCGCCGGUGUUCUUGCUCAGUCCGCAGUGCAUUGUGAACAUAGCUUGAAGCCAACUAUGACGAUUUCUUCAUCAUUGCAUUCCCAGUUGACUAGGAGGAAUAGAGAUUUGAAACUACUGGGUGGAAUUUGUUCUGUGAUCUCAUCAAGGCUCUUUAAUUGAUCAAAUGAUUUACAUUUUAGUUAUCUGGUUAUUAUCGUACCCGAUUCCAGUGUUUAUUUGACAAUUCUAAUAUAUCGUAUUACUUAUUUUGUUAAUGAAUUUUUUCUUCUCUUCA